CGCAGACUAAAAACAAUAGAAUGUGUAAAUGUUUAAACAACUUGAAUGCAUCUGCUUUAUUAUUUUCAAACGUGUGAAUACUAUUUACGUACCUGAAUCAUCCGGUGCGUCUUGCAUGUCCGUGUCCCCCUCCGUCACUACUCAGGGGGGAUUCCCCUAUAAUACCGGCAAGGGGGUUGAACUCCGGUGUCCUUUCCUCCGCCGUGGCAGAACACUUCUAGGUAAUGCAUGUUCAGCAGUAGUAUCUGUAAACGAGAGGAAGAACCAGCACUGGAGUUGUCAGUGCCUUGUUCUCGGCAGAGUUCUCCCACACGCUCACGAACUGAGAGAUGAACCUCUCUGUGGCUAUUGUCGUUCUUACUGCGGUCGUCUGCACUUCGGCAGAAAUUCCUCAUGAGACCGUCUAUGUGCAGGGCUGUCUUGAGAAUACAAAGGUGGAGGCGGAGGCAGAGCUUCAGGUGGAUGGGGAGGAAGUGGUAUAUGCUGACUUCCAGAGUGGACAGGAAGUUUGGACAUUGCCUGAGUUCCUGGGGCCAUUCCCAAGCUCCACUGUUCGUAACUUCUACAAGAAUGCCGUUAAAGGCAGACGAUUGUGUCAGGAUGCCUUGGCUCUUUGGAUAUUAGAAGAAAAGUGUCCACCUGAGGUAAAAGAUGCCCCUGAGAGCACCAUCUACCCCAGGGCUGAGGAGGUGCUGGGGGUGGAGAACACCCUUAUCUGCUUUGCCAAUCAUUUCUACCCCCCGCCUGUCAAAGUCAACUGGACCAAGAAUGGCCUGGAGGUGACUGAGGGAGCGUCUCUCAGUCGGUACUAUCCUAAUAAAGAUGGAACGUUCCACCAGUUCUCCAGCCUGAGUUUCACUCCACAGGAGGGGGAUGUCUAUGCCUGCACUGUGGAGCACACAGCCUUGGAGGACCCCAAAACCAGGUUCUGGGAGUAUAAGAUACAUGAGGUGAGUGGGUCCAGUGCUGGUCCUGCUGUAUUCUGUGGAGUGGGCCUGACUCUGGGACUGUUGGGAGUGGCUACCGGAACAUUCCUGUACGUCAAAGGACAACAGUUUAACUGAAUUGUGACAUAUAUGAAAUCUAAAAAAUCGUCUUUUGCAGUUGUAGGUAAACAAUGUGACAAAAUUAGUGGCGUACCGCAGUUGCAUAUUUUUUGUUGAGGGGGGAAACAGCUAAUGUCGUACAAUUUGACACAUUUUGCCAUCGGGCAAAGAAAAAUAGGCAGUUUUAUAACUAAUCUCAUGCUAUAUUGCCAUGAGGC